AUCCGGGUCCGUCACUCCGCUCGACUCGUCUCGACUGCCCGGGCUAACUUUAGCUACAUGUGCUGAGGUCGAGGGGGGAAACUCAUCCCAGCUGCAACGAUGCCGACAGUUACUUUACCGCCGAAAGAGAACGCGCUCUUCAAGAGGAUUUUGCGAUGUUACGAACACAAACAGUACAGAAACGGGCUCAAGUUCUGCAAACAAAUCCUGUCCAACCCCAAGUUUGCAGAGCAUGGAGAGACCCUGGCGAUGAAGGGCUUGACCCUGAACUGUCUGGGGAAGAAGGAGGAGGCCUACGAGCUGGUGAGAAGAGGCCUGCGCAACGACCUCAGGAGCCACGUCUGCUGGCACGUUUACGGCUUACUGCAGCGUUCGGAUAAGAAGUACGACGAGGCCAUCAAGUGUUACCGUAACGCCCUGAAGUGGGACAAGGACAACCUGCAGAUCCUCCGGGACCUGUCCCUGCUGCAGAUCCAGAUGAGAGACCUGGAGGGCUACAGGGAGACGCGGUACCAGCUGCUGCAGCUGCGUCCAGCACAGCGGGCCUCCUGGAUCGGCUACGCCAUCGCCUAUCACCUCCUGGAAGACUACGAGAUGGCAGCAAAGAUCAUCGAGGAGUUCAGGAAAACACAACAGACGUCUCCAGACAAAGUGGACUACGAGUACAGCGAGCUUCUGCUGUACCAGAACCAGGUGCUGAGGGAAGCAGGCCUGAACAAGGAGGCUCUGGAGCAUCUGUCCAACUAUGAAAAGCAGAUCUGUGACAAACUGGCGGUGGAGGAGACACGAGGAGAGUUGCUGUUGAGGUUGGAGCGUCUGGACGAGGCUACAGAAGUCUACCAACGCCUGCAGGAGAGGAACCCAGAGAACUGGUCCUAUUACCACGGGCUGGAAAGAGCUCUCAAACCAAGUAGUGUAGAAGAGAGACACAAGAUCUACGAGGAGACCUGGGAGAAGUUUCCUAAAGGCCUGGUUCCACGUCGCCUGCCGCUCAACUUCCUUUCUGGUGAGAAGUUCAGAGAGUGUCUGGACAGGUACCUGAGGAUGAACUUCAGUAAAGGCUGUCCGCCCGUCUUCACAACCCUCAAAUCUCUGUACAACGACAAAGAAAAGGUGGCAAUAAUAGAGGAGUUGGUGGUCGGCUAUGAAACCUCAUUAAAAAGCUGUAGAAUGUUCAGUCAGAACGAUGACGGUAAGGAGGAGCCGCCAACCACGUUGCUCUGGGUGCAGUACUUCCUGGCGCAGCACUGUGACAUGGUUGACCAACAGACGCAGGCUCUAGAAUACAUCAACGCAGCCAUCGAGAGCACGCCCACGCUCAUCGAACUCUUCCUCAUCAAAGCCAAGAUUUACAAGCACGCUGGGAACAUCAAAGAGGCGGCCCAGUGGAUGGACGAAGCGCAGGCUCUGGACACCGCUGAUAGAUUCAUCAACUCCAAAUGUGCCAAGUACAUGCUGAAGGCUGGCAUGGUGAAGGAGGCGGAGGAAAUGUGCUCCAAGUUCACACGGGAAGGAGCGUCCGCAGUUGAGAACCUGAACGAGAUGCAGUGUAUGUGGUUCCAGACGGAGUGUGCACUCGCCUAUAAGUCCAUGAACAAGUUUGGGGAGGCUCUCAAGAAGUGCCAUGAGAUCGAAAGGCAUUUUGUGGAGAUCACCGACGACCAGUUUGAUUUCCACACUUACUGCAUGAGGAAGAUGACGCUACGCUCCUACGUGGACCUGCUGAAGCUGGAGGACGUGCUCCGGAUGCAUCCUUUCUACUACAAGGCCGCUGUCACCGCCAUCCAGAUCUACCUGAGCCUUCACGACAAUCCACUGACCGAUGACAGCAAGGAGCUGCAGGCCGACACUGCUAACCUCUCGGACAAAGAGCUGAAGAAGCUCAGGAACAAGCAGCGGAGAGCCCAGAAGAAGGCCCAGCUGGAGGAGGAGAAGAAGAAUGCAGAGAAGGAGAAGCAGCUUAAAAACCAGAAGAAGAAGAAGGAGGAUGACGACGAGGAGAUCGGAGGGCCCAAGGAGGAGCUCAUUCCCGACAAAUUGGUUAAGGUAGAAAAUCCACUGGAAGAAGCCGUCAAGUUCCUGAUGCCUCUCAAACACCUGGUGAAAGACAAAAUCGACACACAUCUAAUGGCCUUUGAGAUCUACUUCAGGAAAGAAAAGUACCUGUUGAUGCUCCAAUCAGUGAAGAGGGCAUUGGCCAUUGACCCAGACCAUCCAUGGCUACACCAGUGUCUAGUACGCUUCUUUAAAGGAGUGUCGGAGAGCAAAGAGCUGCCAGAGGUGGUUCGGACGGUCCUGAAGCAGGAGAUCACCCGGCUGUUUGGAGACAGCAACGCCAAGAGCUUCAACCAGGCCUACCUCACUAAACACUCCAACUCCAUACCACACCGACUAGCUGCUGCUAAGAUGAUGGUGAAUUUGGACUCAUCUACGGAAACGAAGGCAGCAGAGUUGGCCACCGCACUAGAUGAGUCACUCAGCAACAGAACCAUACAGAUCUGCACAGAGGUCCUGGAGGUCCUCCGAAACGGUGUCUUCGGCGACUGCAAAGAGCGCACGGAGUCGUACCGCGGCGAGUGUCACAAGCUUUACCCCUACACGUUAGCUUUCAUGCCCCCUGGAUACGAGGAGAACACCAAGAUGGCCAACGGAGACGUCUCCACGGAAACGGAGGAGCUCGCCAACGAGAUGUGAAGCGCGGCAAGAACAACAAAAACAGCGGAUGAGAAAAAAGGAAUUUUGGGCCUAGCACGCGGAGCCUUGUGGUACGCCUGGCAGCCAUUAUGUAGAGCCAGACACGGGGGAGCGAAAUGGGACGUUUCGUUCUUCGGCUCAGCUUAAUUGGGUCUGACCGGGUAUGGCUUGGCUCUCUCCCACAUGGUGAAAAUCAGGACUGUGUGUGUAUGUGCAUCUAGGGAGUGUGUGUGUGUAUGUGUGUGUGUGUGUGUGUGUGUGUGAGCAUGUGUGCGGUUGUUGUAUAUUUGUGGUAAAGAGGGAGGGAGGGGGGGGCGGGGAAGCUAACAGAACGGCCAUUUUACUUUUUUAAUAGAGCUACCAACCACGCUGAAUAUGAAAAACUAAACAGUUAUUGGCAGACUGUUGGGAGAAACUGUGACGGACGGACACGGACUGUCGGGGUUUCCUCAGAGAUGACGAAUAACGGUGACGGCAAACCACUCGAGUGGAGCUGUGACACGCCUAUCGCAUACUGCGUUCUCUUUAUUUUAAAAGAAAAGCUCAUUUAAAACGAAAAUAGGACACGACUGUCACCGGGGAACGGGAGGGACUGAGCUGAGUGGAUCUGAUCUCUGACAGAUCUGUAGGAAGCUGAGCGGGGAAGAGUUAACCGAGGACCCGAAGUUAGACGCCGAGGACAUCCAGCGAGCACAGGUGCACCUGUAUCUGCUGUAACACUCACCUGUGCUCCGGUAAGACCGUCAAUCUACACGUGGCACUGCAGUGGAGUGCGUGUGUGUGUGCGCGUGUGUGUGAGAAAUAAUGGCCGGAUCUCUGCAGGGACACGGCUCGGAGGAAGGCUGCCUGACAUGUGAACAGAUUUUUUUUUUUUUUUGGUCCAACUUGUGCUUCCCUCACGGUUCCUAGUUCAGCUCGGGAAUAUGUAAUCCUCUGUUUGUCGUUAAGGAGCACUUUGUAGCACAGAAUUUAAAAAACUGUAAAGUUUGUGUGUUGUGCUCCGUUCCAAAUACACUCUUAAUGUUUUUACAUAGCGCCAAGAAAGCCGGAUAGAUCUAAGCAAUACCAUAGACACCUUCCUGUCCAUAAUGGAUCAAUGAAGCUCUUUAUUAUUGAUGAUAAUCGGUUCUAGAUCUGGUCAACAUGGUUCCAGCAAGCCUCCUGGCAGAGUCACUGGUGUUGCUGAUGGGACUGUUUUUAAAAACGGUUUGUAUCUGCACGUACGCAGCGACUCUAACAGACCAUCAGAGGGCUCUUCCAUGCAAAUGAAAACUGCUCCUCCAAAGGUCAGAGUUCAGCAUCGAAGCCCGUUGCCCGUGGUGACAAGUGAAAAUGUUACAAAGUUGAGCUAAAAUGAUGAACACCUGGAAUUUGUUGUACUACUUUUCGGUUCCCCCUGUUACCCCCCUCCCGAUAAUCUCUUUCUUCCCCUUUUUCCUCUAAUUUGGGUUCUAAUGUGAAAGAUGAAAUCUGAGAUGGUGAUGUAUGAUAUCUCUGGAUUUUUGUAUUAAAACCAAACAAACAAACAAAAAAA